AUGGCUGCCGUAGAGGACGGGCAGUUCUUGAAGCAGGCCACGGGCCGGAAUACUCGAGGCUUGCUCCGAGUCAUCAUAUUGUGCUUGAUUGCGGGUGCAGCUGUGAGCAGCCGUCUGUUCUCGGUGAUCCGCUUCGAGAGCAUUAUCCACGAAUUCGAUCCGUGGUUCAACUUUCGAGCGACGAAAUACCUUGUACAGAAUGGCUUCUAUAGUUUCUGGGACUGGUUCGAUGACCGAACAUGGCAUCCUCUCGGACGAGUCACUGGCGGCACUCUCUACCCAGGAUUGAUGGUCACCAGCGGCGUCAUCUACCACCUCCUGCGCUUCCUCGCCAUGCCUGUCGACAUCCGCAACAUUUGUGUCCUCCUCGCGCCUGCCUUCUCCGGCCUCACGGCAUUCGCUACAUACCUCCUAACGUCCGAAAUGGCCACCUCGCCCUCCGCCGGCCUGCUCGCCGCAGCCUUCAUGGGCAUCACACCUGGCUACAUCUCGCGCUCGGUGGCAGGAAGUUAUGACAACGAGGCCAUUGCCAUCUUCCUGCUCGUAUUCACCUUCUUCCUCUGGAUCAAGGCGGUCAAGAAUGGAUCCAUGUUCUGGGGCGCGUUGACCGCGCUCUUCUACGGAUACAUGGUGUCGGCUUGGGGUGGAUACGUCUUCAUUACGAACUUGCUGCCUCUGCAUGCCUUCGUUUUGAUCUGCAUGGGGAGGUAUAGCCCGAGGCUUUAUGUUAGCUACACUUCGUGGUAUGCGCUUGGUACGCUUGCGAGUAUGCAAAUUCCCUUUGUCGGGUUCUUGCCUAUCCGCAGUAGCGAGCACAUGUCCGCCCUAGGUGUCUUUGGUCUUCUGCAGCUCGUCGCCUUUGUCGACUGGGUUCGCGCGCAGCUCCCGAGCAAGCAGUUCCAAACGCUGCUACGCGCCCUUGUCCUCGUUGUCUUUGUGGUCGCCUUUGGGGGAUUGGUGCUGCUAACUGUCACUGGAGUUAUCGCGCCCUGGACCGGCCGUUUCUACUCGCUCUGGGACACUGGUUACGCCAAGAUUCACAUUCCCAUCAUUGCCUCCGUCUCGGAACAUCAGCCUACCGCGUGGCCUGCUUUCUUCUUCGAUCUCAGUAUGAUGAUCUGGCUCUUCCCCGCUGGUGUCUACCUCUGUUUCCGCACUUUGACCGAUGAGCAAGUUUUCAUUGUCAUUUAUGCUGUGCUUGCUAGCUACUUCGCUGGCGUCAUGGUCCGUCUCAUGCUCACUUUGACCCCGAUUGUCUGCGUCGCAUCUGCGAUUGCCUUUUCUCAGAUUCUAGACACCUAUCUGGAUGCUAAGACGCCAACAGUCGUGGACAAGGAGGAUGGAACUGCGGAUGCUGCUAAAGUUGCCGCUGCGGCAGUGCUUCCCGAUGGUCUGCGGUCCACCCGAAGGCCUCUUGUGGGCAUCUAUUCGUACGCGUCCAAGGUUACCGUGGUCGGAGCCUCUCUCGUAUACCUCAUGCUUUUCGUUCUUCACUGUACGUGGGUGACUUCCAAUGCCUACUCUUCGCCCUCGGUUGUGCUUGCAUCCAGGCUUCCCGACGGUAGCCAGCACAUCAUUGAUGACUACCGAGAGGCCUACUACUGGCUCAGGCAAAACACACCGCAGAAUGCCAAGGUCAUGUCCUGGUGGGAUUACGGUUAUCAGAUCGGUGGCAUGGCUGACCGCCCGACUCUUGUCGACAACAACACGUGGAACAACACGCACAUUGCUACCGUUGGCAAGGCCAUGAGCUCGAAGGAGGAGGUCAGCUACCCAAUCAUGCGCCAGCAUGAAGUUGACUACGUCUUGGUGGUAUUUGGAGGUCUUCUUGGCUACUCCGGAGAUGACAUCAACAAGUUCCUCUGGAUGGUAAGGAUUGCCGAGGGCAUUUGGCCAGAUGAGGUCAAGGAGCGUAGCUUCUUUACACCACGGGGCGAGUAUCGGGUGGAUGACGAGGCCACGCCGACGAUGAAGGAAAGCUUGAUGUACAAGAUGUCCUACUACAACUACAACGCGCUAUUCCCCGCGGGACAGGCUCAGGAUCGUGUCCGUGGCGUCCGAUUACCCGCCGAGGGCCCGCAACUCAGCACCAUUGAGGAGGCCUUUACCAGCGAGAACUGGAUCAUCAGGAUUUACAAGGUCAAGGACCUUGAUAAUUUUGGCCGUGACCAUCAGAGCGCUGUGGCUUUCGACAGGGGGCACAAGAAGAAGCGGUCGACGAAGAGGAAGGGCCCGAGGGUAUUACGAGUGGAGUAG